AUGUCCGUGCUCAUCAGGGAUCAUGGCAAUCGCGAGCAACACUGGCUGUGGCUCCACAGUUGGUGCGCAGCACGGCAGCUAGCACCCACCCGCAUAGUGGAAGCCCCGUCGCUACGUAAGGACCCAUGUGGCAGCUGCCUCACAAUCGGUUCUGCUCCUAUCCCUGAUCUCGCCACCCUGACCAAGCUAGGCUUGGGCGCCCUGACCUUCAACACGGCACUCGCCAUCGACAACUCCUGGGGCGACGCCGGCUCCGUGGCGUUCGUGCUCGCCGCGGACGCCGCGCUCGUGCUGCUCUUCCUCUGCUUCCGUGAGUUUGAGCGGGGCGGCAGGGGCAGGGAUGCCAAGAUCAAGGCCGCCGUUCGCGACCAUGUUCGCCUCGAGGGUGGCGCCGCUCAUGCCGCCGCCGGUGCCCGCGGUGGUCUGGCUCUUGGCCGUCGCCACGGCCGCAGGAGGAAGAUCGUUCGUCUUGACAUGGCCGAGGCCGACCAAGGAUAUUCCACCCUGACCAAGCUAAGCUUGGGCGCCCUGACCUUCAACUCGGCACUAGCCAUCUACAACUCCUGGGGCGACGCCGGCUCCGUGGCGUUCGUGCUCGCCGCGGACGCCGCGUUCGUGCUGCUCUUCCUCUGCCUCCGUGAGUUUGAGCGGGGCGGCAGGGGCAGGGAUGCCAAGAUCAAGGCCGCCGUGUGGGCGCUCACCACGCUGCUGACGGCCAUGUUCGCCUCGAGGGUGGCGCCGCUCAUGCCGCCGCCGGUGGCCGCGGUGGUCUGGCUCUUGGCCGUCGCCACGGCCGCAGGAGGGUUCUGGGCGUUUUUCCUUAAUUGA